GGGAAGGAGAUAAUUGAUCCCCUUAUUUAUCAUGUAUAUAGAACAAAACAUACCAAUGUAACUCUAAUAUAAGAAUAAUCUUAUCCUUUGAAAUGUAAAUCAAGCAAGGAUAUGGUUGUAAAAAGAUAGAUCCCAGAUUUGAAGUAGUGCACUACCCUCUCAUUUUGCGACCAAGUACAUCGAUGUGCUUCACGAAUAUAACCUUUCUAUGAUGGUAUCCAGACAGUUUAACUCAAUCACCAUACAAUCAUGUCGGUACAGGAUCUUAUAAAACAAUUCCAAUUUGAAAAGGUAUUGGCCGGUAAUCCGCAAACCAAAUCGAUUGUAUUGUUAGGUAAAAUUGAUAAUCAAGAUGCAAUCAUCAACAUUGAAAAAUCCCAUUUCAUCAUUCCUGACCAUGAUUUCAAACUAACAGAUCUUGUGAAUGAUGCUGAAAUCAUCAAUCAGAAUGACGUAUACUACUGGUCCAAUGCGUUAUUGAAACAGACUUUAGAACAAUCCCCCGCUGCAAAGUUGAAUAUAAUCCAUCCUGCCACAGAAACUCAUAUCAAGAAAUAUAGCACUCAAAAGCUUCAUUAUAUUAUUGAAACUCCAGAAAUGUAUCAAAAGUAUGUUGUACCAUAUAUUGAAACCAUGAAAGGAUCAAGAAUAAAAUGGGUCUACAACAUCUUAUUUGAAGGUAAAGAAUCAGAAACUUUCAUCCACCAUGAUAAAGAUCCCGAAUCUGGAUUUGUAUUAUUACCUGAUAUGAAAUGGGAUACGUUAAAUAUGGAAUCAUUGUAUUUAUGUGCCAUUGUCAAUCGUAAAGAUAUAUCAUCGGUCAGAGAUUUAACUAAACUGGACAUUAGCUUCCUUAAGCAUUUAAGAUCAACGAUUCUUUCCAUUAUUGAACAAAAAUAUCCAUUAAAGAAAGAUCAAGUAAGAAUAUUCAUUCAUUAUCAACCAUCAUACUAUCAUUUCCAUUUACAUAUAGUCAAUGUCAGCCAUCCUGGAUUAGGUGAUGGGAUAGCGAUUGGUAAGGCUAUUUUAUUAGACGAUGUUAUUGAAAACAUUGAGUUAGUAGGUGAUUAUUACCAAAGAAGAAAUAUUGGUUAUUUAUUGGGUGAAAACCAUGGAUUAUGGCAAAUCGAAGGGUAUAGAAAUACUGCAUCAUAAGCGUUACAUUAAAAAAGAAGUUU